UUUAGUAUUUUGAUAUAGAGCUAAUUCUGAAAUCGAUUUGUUCGACAGCAAGGAUUAUACAAAAACAUUCAAUAAAAUAAAGUGUAUUAUCUACCCAAGUGUACGUUUGACCUUUUGUACAAUACGACUGUAAGCUAUCCCAUCUAAUAUAGAUAUUUCAUCCACGAUAUAGUUAAAUUGGAUUGCACCUGUUUGAUUAAAAUGUAUACAAAUGUUUAAUUCAAUUGAAAUACUGGAAAUAAGUUACAUGUAUUGCAAAAUGUCUUCAGACUACUAAACGAACAAUCAAUGGAUUAACAGAUCUGUGCGCGUAAACACAACAAUAUACAAUAGCAUUUAAAUUGAUGGAAUAGGUUAAUUAGACAGAGGAUUUUUGCGAUAUUUGAUAUUUCUUAGAACAGAGGCGGCACCAUUCCAGAAUAUCAUUACAGACGCUACAGUUAUAUUAAUCGGAAAUUUGAUUUCAACAUACUUAAUGUCAGGGAUCCCUGUCAUUGACAUAUUAGUCAACUUGGACUGAAUACAACUGAUUGCCAGCGCAUGGAGGGAUUUGAUUGUCAUUUUCGUGUUUUAAUUCAUUAAGCCGAAGUAUUUGAAUGGAUAUGAAUGUGAACCCUUGAAGGACUUUUAAAAAGACAGUUAUUUUCAAAAGAAAAUAGAGGAAUACAACGACAAAAACAGUUUAACAAUCAUAACACAUCAUAUGUCGUUAUACUCGUUUCUGGCAAAGUUAAAGGUCAAUUAAUUGAGAUUAAAGAUCCCCCACACUUAAGACUGUGUGCUUCACUUUAUGAUAUGUCAAAUAUAGUUCUAGAAAUAUAAAAAGUUUUUAAAAAAGGAAAUAAAAUCACUGCUUUUGCACAAUUUGGUCGACCAACUUAACAUUUUGGUACUUACUGACAGUGCAGAAAAGUAAAAAUGGUAUGUCUCUCGGAACUGUCAUUCCAGGAGAUCUUUGGAAUAUAAGAGUACAUUAAAACUGAAAGGCAAUUAUUCCGAUAGAAAAGAAACAUAACAAUUAAACGCGUAAAACAACACGGAAAGUGUAACUCAGAUACACCCAGGAUAUGGAAAUAAGAAAGGCAGAUUAUCAAACUUGGUAAUUAUCUAUAUGAAACAGAAUACUUCGAUCUUCGACAGCAGAAAUGAUGUCAUUUAAUGAAAUCUAAAUAAUCCAGUGAUAUAUUGUGCCAACGGAAGUGUCAUAAUUUCACAAUAGAUGCAGUGGGUAAAUUAUUCCACACGAUAUUAUUUAUGUUGUUAAGCUAUCAAAGCAAUUGCUCAAAUUUCGAAUAAUAACAUGAUUUCCUAGAUCUAAAUCAAAAAUAUCAGAAUAGGAACGCGUUUAUUUAUUCUUUGCAACCAAUAAAACGUAAUGUUAUUUGGCUUUUAUUAGAAAAAUAACGAUAAAACCGUUUCAGAGAUUAGGCAGCUGUUUAGAGCGCUAUGAAUAACCUUAAAUGCAUUGUGAAUAACUGUACAUUUGGCAGGAUUUAUAUCCAGUAUAUAUAUUGAAUGUAACAUUCUGACCUUGUGAAACUUCGACAGAAACAGAAAUAAUAACAGGAGACAAGAUAUUCAUGAAAACCCUUGGAAGUAAUAAAUCUCAUUUAGUUUUCAUAUUGCGAGAACAAAGCACUGCAUUGUUAAGCAACUUUACAACUCCAACAAUAUUUUUGUCAAAUAGCUACAGCAUCGAAAGUUAUGAACACAUUUUACCAAUGUUUGCCAACACGACAGAAGCGACUGAUGAAAUUGUAGCGGACCAAAAACAUCCAGUGAUAGGAGUCGUGCUGGCCAUGUUCUCCUUUAUAACUGUCCUAGGUAACAUGCUCGUCAUCACGGCUGUUAUAAAAGAACUUUAUCUACGUACAGUAACUAACUACAUGAUUGUCUCGCUAGCCAUCGCUGACGUGAUGGUUGGAGGGAUUGUUAUGCCGUUCAGUAUUAGCUUUGAAUUAAAUAAUCAAGUUUGGCAUUACGGGACAGAAUGGUGUGAUCUGUGGCAUUCCUUUGACGUUCUCGGUAGCACGGCCUCUAUUUUAAACCUAUGCAUUAUUUCCCUUGAUAGGUACUGGGCAAUUACUGACCCUAUUGCAUAUCCGACUCGAAUGUCGCCUUGCAGAGUAUCAAUUUUAAUCACUUUUGUGUGGCUAUGCUCUGCAGGGAUAUCUUUUCCAGCUAUCGCAUGGUGGAAGGCGGUCACUCCGCCGGGCCUGCCAAGCACUUCAUGUGUUUUCACUGAAGAUAGUGCAUAUUUGAUAUUUUCCUCGAUGGUUUCAUUUUAUUUUCCAACAGUUGUCAUGAUAUUUGUGUACAUACAGAUUUACCGAGCAGCUCGAAACCAACGCAAAAGUAUAGAAACAGGUACCAAAGUUUUAACAUCAAAUCGGCUGUUUGGCCCAAGUGGUGUAAUGACGUUACGUAUCCACAGGGGUGGUAUGGCUAAACUACGUUCUCCAAGUACUACGCCUGAAUUGUCUCCAUUUAAGAAACAAAGUGAUAGUGACGAGGAAGAUACGGAAAUAACGUCAGGUAUGACGUCAAACCAUCAAACACCUAUACAUAGUGGUAAUCAUGAAAUACAUUCGCAUGAAAACAAUGAACAUGAUCACUCAAAUCAGCACCACAAUCAAAGACCAAUGAAAUUCAUAACGAAGAGGCUUAGACAUUUAGCAUUAAGCAAAAAAUUAUCGAAACUUGCCAAGGAGCAAAAAGCGGCGAAAACACUCGGUAUAGUUGUUGGUGUUUUUAUCAUUUGUUGGCUUCCGUUUUUUGUGACAAAUGUGUUGCUUGGAAUAUGUGGUGAAUGUGUGCGCAAACCAGAAAUUAUUAUGCCUAUAUUUACUUGGUUUGGAUAUAUUAAUUCAGGUGUAAAUCCAAUCAUUUAUGCAUUAUCAAUGAGAGAUUUUCGUAGGGCGUUUGGGAGAAUCAUUUUUUGUUGUUGUCCAAAGUACAGAUUUUACCAGACAAGAAGACGGCAAAAGACAUAUAGACACAGUAAUGUGACGACAUCAAGUUUUAUCGGUUCUGCUCUACUGUAGUGUUUUAAAAGUACAUAUUUAACAUAUUAUAAUAAAUUCGCCACUGUUUUAACAUGAUCUUUUCGACAAGAAGAAUUUCUUUUUCAGCAUAUUCGUAUAAACAGUAUUGAAAUUUGGAGGGAUGCAUAUGUUAAACACUUAGUUCUCAUUAGUGCGUCAUGCAGAUUAUACUAAUAAACAAAAUAACUAGGCGCAAAUGCUUUUCCAUCUCUAUCUAAUACAAAAUAACAGGUAUGAAUUAACAAAUACUAACGGUUAUAUAUCAAAUUAACCGGCAUAUGAUUGUUAGCCCCUACAUAAAAUAUCAGCAGGAAAUAAAUUUAUAUAACAUAAGACGAUCGGGUAACACAUUAUGAUUCCAGGAGAAUUAGGUUAACAAUGGGGAACAUUAGUCAGUUACUUCCCCUGAUAAUGUCCAAGAAGUAGGUUGGUCCUUCCUCUGUUUUUAUCGUGGACUGCUUUGUAAUUUUCAAAAGCAAUAUCUAUACUAAAUUUCAUUGGAUUGAAAAAUGAUCAAGGACAGGUUAUCUUUUAGUGGUCCUCUGCUAAAUUUAGGUUUGAAUAAUCAUUUUUAUUCAGAAACUUACACAUAAAAAGCAUAUUUAUUUUGACCAACCGCAACAUCUUGGAUAAAGGUUAUAACGAAAAAGUCAGAGGAAUCCAACUGACAGGGACCAAUGUAAUAUUUGGUUAUCCUUGCACUUUAUCAUAAAACUUUUCAAGGGAAGUAACAAGCCAAUGUUCCUCAUCAUGUGUUGAAGAUAUGUAACUGAAUGAGGUGUACAGUAAUAUAUGAGUCUAGGUAAAAAAAACACCAAUGAGCCGUGGAAACCUUUGCCCGUGUUGUAAACAUUUUAAUGCUACAGCGUAGACUCGGAUUUUAAAAUAUUUAAUUUUCUUUUUGGCAUCAUUAUUAUCAAAUAAGUACCGAUUAUAAAGGUACUUCACAAUAACGUGACUUCGAAAAUGCCAACGUUUUAGCAGUUGAAAUUCUUAUUAAAGGCACUGACCUCCAGAUUUUUGCUAAAAAUGGUAUUUCUUUAACGUUGAAGUUUGGUCAUAUUAUGAACAUUAGAAUAUAAGGUUUUGUUUCUAAAUCAUCUUGAAAAUGCCAAAUCAAGAAAAUAAAGAUGCCUGAGUCGGGAAUCGAACCGGAACCGCUGGGGCAAUAAAAAACUUUCCCGCUGUGUUUACCAAUACACCGCGGAGGAAUAUGUAUUUAACGAUUGUUAAAUAUAUAUAUUUAUAAUAAAAACAGUUUACCUCCAAUAAAGCGUUACAAACGCUUUUCAAUUUUCAGUUUAAAAAUUACUGAAAACAACUAAUUCUCACAUGCUUCCACAACAUAUAGUCAGUAAUUAAGUUUCAAAGAUUUCUUAAGAAAUAUAGCAUUAAUUUCCUGAUACCUAGAUAUUUCCCUUUUUUUUGUUAUCGUACAAUUUUGAGGUCAGUGCCUUUAAAUAUGAGAACUAGAACUAGAAUAGUUUGCAUAUUUGAUUUUAAGCAUAAGAUUCACACUUUGUGUAAUAUCACUGUCUGUUCAAACCAUAUGAUAGGUGCGUUCGUUAUUCGUUCGGUUCUGUCAAAGUUGUCUACGUUUUACCGUGAUAAAAAAUUUGUUCAGUGAAUUCUAAUUUAAUAAUAUAUAUUACACUUUCUAUAAUAAAUGUUUUAUAUCAUAAAGAACAUUGACAACAAUUUAACAUGGGUAAGAUAAAUCGUAAGUUGACAGGACAUUACUCAACAUCUUGGAUACACUAUCUAGGCAAUCGUACCUCUUCGUGCAGGCUUGCACAGUAUCAGUUUCCUUGAAUAAUUGUUAAAUAUAAUGCAAUACUAAUGAUAUUAUACUCAUUCUCAAAUCUCAGAGAUUGGUAAUGUGAACUUUUUAAAUUCAGAACAUCUUGAUUAGGUUUGUAUUUAUUGUUUGUAUUGUUGUUAACCAUUUUGUUACAAUUAAUUUUUGACUUUAUUUGUAAAUGUAUUACUAUGAAACAGGAUACGAAAGUUUGCAUAAAAUAAAUACCAUAAAACAGGACAUGAAAGUUUGCAUAAAACAAAUAUUUCCAUGCACAAUAUUUGUAACACUACAUUUUUCUUUUCGAACUUUUAUUUUGCUUAAUUCAUACUAUGGGAUGUAUACAUUUUUGCCAUUAUAUCAACAUAAAUUAAGAAAUUUUGAAAUUUCAAAAAGAUCCUCCUACCACAUUCAGACUUUUGGAAUAUUGUACAUUGUAUCUUGUGUAUCUGGGCCUUGAAAUAUUAUCCACAUUUGAUGGAUUAAACAGUGAAAGUGAAGUUAAUUGCAUAUUUAUUAUAUACGGUGAGUCAUACCGAGUACAACAAUUACCAGUUAUCUAAAAGGAAAAUGUAUGCUGCUCAUCGUGGAUGGUAUAAAUCCUAGAUACCAUAAAUAACAAUUUGUCCUGCAAAACGUAUGAAUUAUGGCAUACAAAUGUGUUCAACAAUAAUGAUAACAUUAUCUUACAUUAUUGAUGGAGCUUGAGACUAGUUAACAAAACGAUUUAUAAAGACACAUGCAUAAAUCAAAUUGUAGUGAUCUCAUUUCAAAACAUUAUGUUUUACAUUUUAGAACAUAGCACCAUGCUAUGUACGUUUUGAUUUUCGAUAACACCUUGAUGUACAAGUAACAUAAUAAAUUUGGAGUCAGUAAUGAAGAAACUGAGUACAUGUCCAUCUUAAUGUCAUUGUUUAGAGGGCAUGUGAACUGAAUGUCUGAUAUACUCAGUACCAGAGCAAUUAUAUAUUAAUAUAUU